AGGAAAUGUGUCGCGUGCUCAGAGAAGUGUUGACCGUCGCCGUCCGCAAAGGUGCAACGAAGCCAUGCUGCGGCCACGGCCACGACCUGGGCCUGGAGACGGCCACGAAAGGCAGCACGACGCUGUUCGAGUGGAGCCGGCCGUCACCGCUUGGACCUGGACGGUGGGAAACGACUAAUUGUUAGUUUCUGCUUCUUACGACCAAAUAAAGGUCUGCCCGUCUUGCCUUCUCUUUCUUGACACUCCACCCGGCCAAGCUCCCGGCAACAACCCAGCUCUCUAUUGCCGCCUUUGCCCACACAUGAGCAAAUCUUUUCUCCCUCCCGCGGGGUGCAUGAUUGACUUAAAGCAUCCUUACGUCUCAGCAUAUAUUUCUCGUACCAAUUCAAACCCUUCCCAAGGUCACUGCUGAAUCCCACGUUUCUGGUCUGCUCGUAAUCUGGAAGCCAGGGCCGGCCACGCUUCCAACCUGAUCGGCAUACUCUCACCACACCUGCGCUACUAGUGCCAUUGCCGCGAGUGUCAUCCACUCACGUCUCGAAGUAUUUGAACGUGGUUUCCGCCCUGGCUCUCUCAUCGUCCUGCAAACGUCACAUCUUGGUUCUUACCAACCGUGCAUCAGCGCCACCGAAAGGCUUAGAGACCUAGGCCGAGCAUACGAUCUGGCAGUAUAAGACGAGUCGUCAUCGCUUAUCAGAUCCUAGAUCGACGUCUUAUACUUAUCCUUUCCUGGGCAUUGCCAAAUCUUCUCAUCGUUUCGGAAUUACUUUUCUGAUCCUCUCGUUCUCAAGGGCAAGAAUUUUUGAGAGCACACAAUGGCAGACAACAGCGACGAAUCACUUCGUGACUUCGGCGCGCAGGCUCCUCACGGCCCAAACGUGACUGGCCAUCAUGUUGCUACUGCCAGACUAGGAAGCCUGCAGAUGGAUGGCAACGAGGCUGAAGUCUUUCAGACCAUUCUGAAGCCAGACGACAUGUAUGACCAAGAGGGCACGUACUGGGCGGACAUGCCACUUCUCAAGAGGCUCAACUUUGUCCUCGGCGUGGAUGGCAAGGAGGCUCGAAGAGAGCUCGCCUUGAUUGGCAAUAUGAUCAAGAACGACCCAUUGAGCCCAGUGGGAGCGUAUAUGCGAAAUAUGGUUAUUCCUGGGAUGGGUCUGCUCUUGGAAGGAUACGUAUUGUUCUCCAUUGGCAAUGUUCGACCUCUACUUCAAGCAGCCUUCCCGUCUUGCUGGAAGACGUUCGAAAUCUGCGACGAGACAUGGACUCAAGCAAUCGACUACCUGGAGAUUUGCGGAAUCAUCUGCGGUCAAAUCCUUGUCGGCAUCAUCGGUGACUGGAUCGGUCGACGUUGGGGCCUCAUUCAGGACGCCACCAUCAUGUUCCUUGGCUUGAUCAUGCUCACCGCGGCCUGGGGUGUUACGCAAAACGGCUGGGUCAUCUGCUACGUCUGGUCGCUCUUCUUCUACGGCAUCGGCGUAGGUGGUGAAUAUCCCAUGACUGCCACUUCCGGUAUGGAGAACGCAGUUGGUGCUGGCAAAGUCUCCACCAAGGAAGACCGUCUCCACCGAGGUCGCAAGGUCACCAGCGCCUUCUUGAUGCAAGGCUGGGGCCAGUUUGCCAACCAAGUCAUCUUGAUCUUGCUCCUCCUGAUUUUUCACCACGGGAGUGGUAACCCACCAUACUCGAAGGUGGCGGCGCAAUGGACGUAUCGCGUCUCAUUUGCGAUUCCCGCUGUUGGAACACUGUGGCUCGUCUACUACCGCGUCUACAAGAUGAAAUCUGCUAGCAGGCAGCUCGCUCUUGCCAAGAAGAAGAGCAAAGUCACUGGUUACGAUACCCAGUCGCUCAAGAUGACCUUCACUUAUUUCGGCCCCCGCCUCAUUGCAACUGCCGGUGCUUGGUAUGCGAACGACAUCUUCUUUUACGGCAACAAGCUCUUCCAGAGUCAGUUUAUUUCUGUCCUCACUCCAGGCAACAAGUCUGUCAUGGUCGGCUGGCUGUACAACCUGGUAAACGUUGGCGUGUCUCUGUGCGGCUACUACCUAGCUUCUUUCCUAAUCGACAACAAGCUGUAUGGUCGCAAGUGGAUGAUGAUAGUUGGCUUCAUGUGCGACUUUAUCCUCUUCGUCAUCCCAGCUUUCGCCUACAGCCACUACAGCAGCCCAGCUGGUAUUCAUUCCUUCCAGGCCAUGUAUUUCUUGUCAUCAUUCUUCAAUCAAUUUGGGCCUAACUCCGUCACCUUCCUUGUGGCGGCUGAGGUGUACCCAACACCCAUUCGUGCCACUGCGCACGGGUUUUCCGCUGCUGUUGGCAAGCUUGGUGCCCUGCACGCGGCCGUGAUGUACAACUACCUUGAUACUACCGGGGAGAAGUUCCGCAUCGUCUGCUGGUUCGGUCUUGCGGGCGCUAUCCUUACUCUACUAUUCUUACCAGAUACCACCGGACUUGAUCUCAAAGAACAGGAGCGACGCUGGAACUACAUCCGUCUGGGGAGAGAAGCCGACUACCACGGUAUCGCCAUUCACCCGCAACACCUGUCGCUCUGGGAACGCUUCCGUGGUGUCCACAAGUACUACGACCCCGUGCUAGACUAUAAGCAAAAGGUUGAGGAGAUGCGGCAGGAGUGGGAAGAGUGGCAGGCCGAGAAGGCUGCAGCAAACGCUGAUGACGCCGAGUAUCCCUCGGAUGACUUUAGCGAGGAGGUCUCGACGUACUUCAAGAGGACAGGAACUCCUGGCGCCACGCCUAUGAUGGUCGGCAUGGAGAAGAAAUUGACUGGCUCAGAUGAAGACGAAAAGAGAGUCCUUGGCGAUGCAGCAUUGUAGUUCUGUCGUUCGAGAGUGCAUGAAGGAAGACGCGACGAGCGACUAGGUGGACACAGAUACAGCCAGACAGAAUGGAAUCACGACGUUACGCAUGAUCUUGAGACCAGGGGUGAUACAUUACCGAUUCUAGACCAUAUAAAGGGGGAGGGGUUGGGUUCGGAAUGAGGCGAAUUGGUGUUCAUGACAACGACGACUAUUAUGAGCUCCGCUUCGAGAGCCGAAUUGACUCGGCACACGGGCAUACGGAUCGUACAGCCAUCUGCCGCUUGUCACGCCGACGACGCCGGCCUUCUCGUUGCUUUCGAAGACAUUCUCGCAAGUUGCCUCCACUUCAACUUUGCCAUCAUCAAGGAGCUAGCUUUCCUUGAGCACCGCACCGUCCACAAUCACAUCUGCCUCAUGGCGGUGUAUCUCGACAGCAGUGGCUCAUAAAGGGGAGACUGGGGCGGAUGUCGUCUGUCAGGAGUGGAUGAGGAGAAUCUAAGCGAACUCUCAUCGUCCCGGACCUUGGGCACUUCAAUACAUUAUACCGUUCGUUGCUCCCCGCAUCGUGUCGUCACUGUCAUCAGUUAUUUUGAUUAUGUUGCUUUAAUGGGAUCGAAGAUAUGCCCCGCGUAGUCUAUACCUCACAAGACGUAGCUUCCAUUAAUAGAGAAGAACUGUCAACGCCGA